AUGAACUUCUCUCCAAAUUCUAUAUUAGUCGCGAGUGCCUUCAUCCCAUGGGUCGUUGCGUCUGCGAUACCACGGUCACCAGACAAGUUUGACUGGUCUUCCAAAAAAGCUCUCCUCGCUUUUGGUGAUUCAUAUACAUACGUCCAAGGGACACAUGGCCACCAAAAUUAUAGCUUCAUAGGCGACAGCUUCAAUUUCUCGUAUAAUGAAGAGACACUCCUCUCCGACAUGAUUGUUCAAAAUCAGACGGGAACUGCAGAGGGCGGCCCAAACUGGGUUGAAUACCUCACAGGAUGCGGCGAAAAACCAGGUCUCACAUCACCCCGAUCAUGCGAGAAACAACUUUGGGAUUUUGCAUUUGCAGGAGCAGACAUUUCAACCGAGUACACACCACUCCACCACAACUUCACCGUCCCAAUAGUAGACCAAAUAAAGCAAUACGCAACAUACGGCCACACAACCCUCUCCAAGUUCCUCAGGACAAGCGAAACCCUAGUAGCAGUCUGGAUCGGCAUAAACGACGUCGGCGAUAGUGCGAAAUAUGCUGUCGAUUUUCCUACAUUUUAUGCCAAUCUGACGAAUACGUUGUUCAACUCUGUCGAUACUUUAUACGAUCUUGGGUAUAGAUCGUAUCUCAUCAUGAACCUUCCACCUAUGGAUCGGGAUCCGAGUAAUGUGGAUAGCAGUUAUCCCACGCCCAAUGUGACGCAGGUGGCGUGGUAUAAUGCUGCGUUGGCGCAGAGGGCGGAGAAGUUUGGGGAUGAGAAGAGGGAUGUGGAAAUCCGGGUAUUUGAUGCUCACGCGCGGUUGAGUUGGAUUUUAGAUCAUCCGUCGGAAUUUGGGAUUGUGAAUACGACGAGUUACUGUGCUGGUUAUGACCAGCCCGACAUUGCGUGGAAUUAUAGGGCUUACGGGUGUCCGACGCCGCUGGAUGAGUACUUUUGGUACAACACUGGGCAUAUGACGAGUCACACUCAUCGACUGUUGGCGUCGGAGUUGGAGGAAUGGUUGGAGAGUUAG